CUGAGUUUCACUCCGCGCCCGUGCGUUGGUUGAUUCACGUGAACGCCGAAGGUGGACAAACGGGACGGCGCACCCUCGAUGGCGUCGGUAGAGGGCAAGGCAGAUCUUGCCAAGAAGAAGACAUGGAACUCACCGAACGAGCAGCCCCCUUCUCGGACCCGAUGGCGAGGAAAGGAAAAGCCUGGGGAUACCGUGGCGAGCUCCACCAAUCGCCCUGACGACGCGACUCGCUCGCGAAGCACACCAGGCAAGGAGCGUGCAAUGCCGUCCACGAAUGCGCCUCACAGUGUGCCGUCCAUCUCGCCUUCCAAGUUGUCGUCUGCGGAGCAGGAGAAACAACUGCAGACGUUGCUGACAUCCAACCGGUUCGAAGACGCCGCCUCGUGGAUCGUCGGAUCGGCGUAUUUGUCUGAAAAGUACAAGCUUGCGGACGUGAUUCGUCUAGUUCUAGACCAUCGUCACUUUGAUUUGGCGGGGCGGCUCAUUCGGGAGCACAAGUUGGCCGACAACCAGCAGCUUGUGACGUUUUUCGUGAUGGAACUUGUGCGCAGCGGUCGCUUCCAUUUGGCCGUGCGGUACGCGCAAGAACUGAUCCCUCAGUUCAACGCGCCCAACGCUGAUCCAUCGACACGUCCCAUCUGGACACCGAGCACACUGAUCAAGGCCAUGAUUCGCGUGCAGCAGUACAAACCCGCGCUCAAGUACACGCUCCAGUUCCACUUGGCGACCGAAUUCCCCGUCAAGAAAUUCGUUCAGGGAAUGCUCCAUGAAAAGGCGUGGCUCGACGCGUUUACUGUGAUCAUGGAGCACAAACUCGACGCUGAGUUCUCGCUCGACAAACUUAUCGACAACUUGCUGGCGGAACGCCAGUGGUCUGCCGCGAUCAAGUGCGUCAAGCAGGCCAAGCUUGGCGCCGAGUACACUGGUGAGGUCCUUGUGCACCACAUGAUCCAGAGCGGAGAUUUCUUGUCAUCUUUGCAUUACCUCAAAGCGUUCGACUUGACGGGCAACGUCGAGCUCGUGCGCCGCAUGCUCCACUUUAUGAUUCGCUACGGAGAACUCUACAAGGCCCUCAAGUACUCGAUCAAGUUUGGGUUGUCCAAGGAACCCUCGUUUGACUCACGCCGACUCAUUGACCUCGCUAUCGAUCGAAGGCAAUUCCAUGUCGCGCUGCUCUACAUCAAGAAGCUAAAGUUGGAAGCGACGUACCAAGAUGAUCUGCGCCACAUUGCGCACGAGAAAGACCACCUUCUCGCGUCGUUUCGAGCGCUCAUGGCGAAGAAGCGCCAGCGCCAACUGUCUCCGGCAAUCCAAGCGAGGCUGCAAUUGUGUCUCGGCGACCUCUACGAGCCACCCGUUGACGAAGAUGCCGAGAUCGUGUUGUCUGUCGAAGAGGAAGUCUUUCCCAGGAAAGCUCCCAUGAUGCCUGUCUCGCUUCUUGAUCGCCUCCGCCACCUCAACACGAACGACCAGCCAUCGCAACAUCUUGCUGCCAAACCCGCAAUCAGUCGUUUGGCUCACUGGAACUUGGACUCGUUUGAUGGAAGCAACUUGGACCUGGCUCCUCGUAGUCGACUCGGUGACUCGUUUGGCGGUCUCUCACGGUCGUUCGCGGACGUCGAUCGCGCGUUUGCUUACCCACCCGUGCCGCCGUCGCCAGUUGCCGCGCCCGAACCCUCGUUCCGCCAAGUGCCGCCUCCACCUCCCCAACCACCCCUUCCACCAAUGCAACCCCCCCUGCCACCGGUUCCCCAACGCGAACAUUUCGUGCCGCCAUUGCCUUUGCAGCCCCCGCUGCCUCACCAGCCUCCUUCGUUUCCCCCUCCACCGCCCUCGUCCAGUUCCCCAUCUCCUACGACAUUCUACGGCUACCACCCACGUUCGACGUCAUCGUCGGUCGCGUCCCUCGCGAUGCUAUUCCACAACCAACCUCCUCCUCCGCCGCCUCCGCCACCCUCUGGCCCUGCUCUGCUUCGUCAACCCGCCAAACCCCAUCGCUCGUUCGUGCCGAGCUUGAGUUUGAAGCCGACGCCCGUGGGUCCAAAGCACCAUCAUCAUUAGAAGAACGUGGCAAAAUUAGUGCAUGUACAACAGAACGAUGUGGACUCGAAUCCUCGCCUUGGCUUUCAC